UCUAUUCGUAUCACAGAUGCAAACACGCAUAAUUAAAUGACUGGCGGUGUCAUAUGCACUGAUGCUCCGCGUGCGUUCAUUCAACGGGUGUCGACAAGAGCUGCGCGCCUGCUUUGUAACAUAUUGCAUUCGGCAUUAAUCUUUUAUUCCUUUUAUUUCGUGCUGUUCAUUGGAGGCUUUUUGUUCAUCAGGAUUCAUCUCUAGGAUAUCAACCAGACAUCGUACUGUUGCAAAACACUGUAAGGCUUGCACAGAAAAGGAGGUAAACAUACAGGGAUCAUCAGCAAGACAAUGAAUGAAGGAGCCGGUGGGCGGCCCCGGGGCCAGCAGAAGUUCUGCAGUCUGGAUGUGGAUGAUGAGAAACACAUGAGUUCGUGUAGCGUGGACGUUAAGGAAAACCGCAACCUGGACAACCUCUCCUCCAAGGAAGCGCUGGGGGAGGGGCCUCACGUAGCCAAUGGAAACACUCGAGGAUUGAGCAGGAAACGCCCUCUGGAAGAGGGCAACAAAGGCCACGGGCACUCCAAAUUCCGGCCCAAGAAGCGUAGGAAACCACAAGGGCCGGUCUUGCCGAAAAAUGCUCUCAUGCAACUGAAUGAAAUCAAACCUGGACUACAGUAUAAACUUCUGUCGCAGACGGGGCCGGUACAUGCACCCGUGUUCGUUAUGACCGUUGAGGUUAACGGACAAUUCUUUGAGGGCUCAGGCCCAACAAAGAAGAAAGCCAAACUGAAUGCGGCUGAAAGAGCGCUGCGCUCUUUCGUUCAGUUCCCCAAUGCAUCCGAAGCUCAUCUCGCAAUGGGUCGCACACUGACAGUUAACGCAGACUUCACCUCAGAUCAAGCGGAUUUCCCUGACAUGCUAUUUAACGGAUUUGAGACACCCACACCACCUGAUGAGCCCUUCUACCUGAGUCUUGGCAGCAAUGGGUCUCUCUGCUCUCUAAAUGAAUACCCUCUCCCUGUGACUCUGAAAAACAACAACAGGUCACAUCCUCCUCUCCCACUACCCCCUGCACUCAUAAUGCCCCCUACAGGGAGUGGCAAAAAUGCUGUGAUGAUCCUAAACGAGCUUCGACCAGGAUUGAAGUAUGAGUUUGUGGCUGAGAGUGGUGAAAGCCAUGCCAAAAACUUCAUAAUGGCAGUUACUGUGGAUACACAGAUGUUCCAAGGUUCCGGCCGGAAUAAAAAACUGGCGAAAUCAAGGGCAGCCCAAGCAGCAUUGUCAGGUCUCUUUAACAUGCAACUGGACCAGACUCCAUCUCGACAGCCAAUCCCCAGAGAGGGACUUCAGCUACACCUGCCUCAGGUCCUCGCAGACGCUGUCUCUCGUUUAGUUGUGGAAAAGUUUAGCGAGCUGACAGACAACUUCACGUCUCCACAUGCACGGCGGAAAGUGCUUGCAGGUGUUGUCAUGACAACCGGUACGAAUGUGAAGGAUGCUCAGGUUAUUUGUGUCACCACGGGAACCAAGUGUAUAAACGGAGAGUACAUGAGUGAUCGAGGACUAGCUCUUAAUGACUGCCAUGCUGAGAUCAUCGCACGCCGUUCCCUCCUCAGAUACCUGUACAGUCAGCUGGAAUACUUCCUCAGCGACAGCACUGAAGAACAUGAGAAAUCCAUAUUCAGAUGGUGCAGUGAACACGGCUACCGGCUAAAAGAUGAUAUUCAGUUCCAUCUGUAUAUCAGCACGUCGCCCUGUGGAGACGCCCGGAUUUUCUCCCCUCAUGAGGCUGGUGCCGAGGACCAGGGUGACCGGCAUCCAAACCGCAAGGCACGCGGACAACUGCGAACCAAGAUUGAGUCUGGAGAAGGUACGAUACCCGUUCGUACGAGUAACACCAUUCAGACCUGGGAUGGAGUCUUGCAAGGAGAGCGACUGCUAACCAUGUCAUGUAGUGACAAGAUUGCAAGAUGGAACGUGAUCGGAGUGCAGGGGUCUCUUUUGAGUUACUUUACAGAACCCAUCUAUUUCUCCAGUUUAAUUUUGGGAAGUCUGUACCAUGCUGACCAUCUUUCCAGAGCCAUGUACCAACGUAUUGCCGACAUGGACGAUCUGCCCCAGCCGUUCAUUCUUAACAAGCCCCUUCUUAGCGGUAUUAGUAACACAGAAGCAAGGCAACCUGGGAAAGCUCCCAACUUCAGUGUCAACUGGACAGUCGGAGAUCAGGGUUUGGAGAUCAUUAAUGCCACCACGGGGAAAGAUGACCUCGGAAGACAGUCUCACCUCUGCAAACAUGCCCUCUACAGUCGCUGGGUCUGUCUACAUGCCAAGCUCAGUGAGACUCUGCGGAUCCAAGGAUCUUGUCCGGGCUCCUACCACGAGGCAAAACAAGCGGCAGUGGAGUAUCACGCAGCUAAACAAACUCUCUUCAAAGCUUUCAACAAAGCGGGACUGGGAGCGUGGGUUGAAAAGCCCAUCGAACAAGACCAGUUUUCCCUCACCCCUUAAGAGAAACCGAGAGAAAGGGAUUGUCUGCAAAAGAUCUUUUGUACAUUUACAUGGAAUGCAAGGUUUUAAUCUAACCUCCGCAGUUGUCACUUUUUUGCUUCUGUUAUUAUUGCAAGUCACUCAGUUUCUUUUAUCUAUAAUAACAUGGUUAUGUUCACAAUGGCUGGCUUGAAAGUAACACAACUGGAAACUAGGUAAAAGGCGGACAACACGUUGCACUAAACACAAAGGUAGCUUGCACAAUUAACCCUAUUGACUAUAAUGCUGGCUUGAUUUUACCUCCGUAAUGAAGGAAUGAUUUUAACCUGUUAACUGCCUUUUGAGCAUAGAUCUGAACAUAAAUGGUUGUAAUUCAUGAAUGCUUUUGAAUACAGACCUAAGGUUGGUCUCUUUUUAAAAAGACACUCAGCAGAUUAUUGCAGAAGUGAAAGCAGCUUUAAAAAAUGAAAGUGUAAAAAAGUUAUAUAAGUUUAAGUUUACUGUAAAGCAAAUGUAUUGAGCUAAAAAAAAAUUUAUUUUAUACAAAAUUAUGUUUUACAAAUCAAUGUUUUGGAUUGCAAAAUUGCUAGAAAAUCAAAGCUACAAACUCAAGUUGUGUUCCAAAUUUGAAGUUAAUAUCACAAUAAUUUAGGUUUUUAAGUACUAUUUCCAUUGUAAUGUAGUGUCCAAUUUCGUGUCCAACAGUUUUCAAAUGACGAAUUUUGAAUGUUUAAAGGUAGGGUAGGCAAUUUUUUUAAAAACACUUUUUGUCAUACUGGUUGAAACUCUCUUUGCAUCCUGAUAGCAAACAAUAAUAGAAGUGGUCUAAAUAUUAAAACGUACAUAAAUCUUCUGUGGAAGUCUCAGGACCAGAAAAUGUUGGUCCAAUCAUUGCAUUCAGUCUGUCAAUUUUAAAUAAUUUGAGCGCAAGAAGCCGUGAAAGAGACCGCAAUUCUGAACGUGCGGCUGUUUUAUGUGCGCGCACACGCAGAUUCAUGUGAACACCGGAUGCCGUUUUCUUCCACAUCUACAGGUGCGUUCACGUCAUAUCCUAACUACUGUAACUACAAGAUUCUGGCUCAUUAAAAAGCGUUCACAUCCUUGUAGAGUUCGUAAUUACAAGCUGGGAGUUUUCUGAAAGCUCCCAAGUGUACCACGUGUACCACUGUACCACCUGACCGCUGUAGGUUCAUUUAUGUGUUGAUAGUGGUGCCAUAGAAACGCUUAAUUCCCAGUCAGAGGGUGUGAACAGCUCUGAAUAUAACGUCACGUGUUGUCAUCUCAAGAUUACGGUAAUUACGUGGUGGCGUGAAUGCAGCAUGUUUGUGCCUGAACAGACACAUACAUGCAAAAAAUUGUCAAAAUGCACAUAAAAGAUCGACUAUCCUCAUAAACACAAUGAUUAUGGCUUAGGUGAACGAAACAAUUGAGAACUAAAACCGGAUGUGUAAUAGCAUUAUUUAUCCGUGCCGCGCAUUCGGUCUAAAAGUGACAGCAGCCCCUGCCGCUUUCUAUCAUGAAUGUUAAUCAAACAACAAAAGAAAAGAGAAAAAUCACUUUUGUAGUUUUAACACAGAUCGUUUAAUUUAUACAGUGAGACUAUGCAGUGUUAUUUUACAUUUGAUUAUUCAAUCUCUGUACCUGAAUACUGUUACUUACCUGGAAAAUAUAAAGCACUAUCUUUGUUCUAUUAUAUUUAUCUAUUCUAUUAUAUUUAUCUAACAGCAGCCGCUUUUUACAGUUCCUCUUGAACCAAAACAACAAGCUUAUGCUGCAUUCACGCCAUGUCGUAACCGUAAUUAAGAGAUGGCAACCUGUGACGUUCUACCUGGAGCCGUUCAGGUCACAUCCUCAGACUCGGAAUUAUGUGUUUCUAUGUCAACACUAUCUAACAUAAGAUAGCUAAGUAAUAGCUCUGUAAGUUGAUUACAGACAUUAUUAUUGUAAUGUUAUGCUUUGAAACAUGAGGUUACACUGUCUCUUGUGACGCUUUGCAGACUGCUGUGUGCAUUUAUAUGUUUUGGAGGAGGUGUGGCUUUGGAGAGCGCUCUGAAGGGAGGGUGGAAUCGCAUGCUUUCAAAGCUAGCUUGCUAUUGCUAGCCUCUCCAUAAUUGCCUACCCUACCUUUAAGCUUUAGAAUGAUACCUAAUUUAUGAUGAUUACUAAAAUAUGUGAUAGGGGGAAAAAAAAGGCAAAAAAUGUGAUGGGGAAAAAAAUGCAAAAAAAUAAAGAGCGCCAAGUUAAAUUUGCAAGCGCGUGACAGUUAACAGGCUAAAUGUAUACAUUUAUAUGAUUAUAUGUUUUUGUUUUAUAUAUUUUGUUUUAUUUGUGUUCCUACUCUGCAGCAUUGUAAUAAGUUAGCUGCUUUAAAGCAUAAAACCAUAUAAUAUGAGACUAUGUACGUUUUUGUGUCUCACAAACCUUAGGGAGGCUCCAAACAGAAAGUUUUCUUUAAGCACAAGAGACACACCAAUCAAUAUUAUGGUUGCUAUAACCCAGCAGCUUGGUUGAACAAAAAUACCCAACAUUGUGAACAUUGCGCAAUUCAAUAUGUAUGUACCGAUAUUGGAUUAAUAAGAACAUCUUCUGAUACCUAUAGUUUGGUGGUGCUACCACCUUUUUAACACCCUGAUAUUCAGUACAUCUCAGAACUCAGAAUACAAAUGAAUAAUUUUAUUCUCUAUAGCAUCUUUUCCACAUUUAACUAACUUAAGGUGCUUUAUGAAAUUUCAAACUGCGAUCGAUGCUAAUUAUUACCAAGCCAGAGAUGAGUUUUGCAACUGUCCACUUCCCUUUUGAUUGAUAGAACAUAAAUUGGCUGUUUCAAUAAUUAGCCGAUGUUUAAUAACUUGGAUAAUUAUAUUGGCCAGUAUCUGAUUGUCCAGUCUAUACAUAGCUAAAAAUAAUAUAACAAAAUGACCCAACAGGCUCCAGUCAGGAUAUAAGUAAAAUCUGUGCUGAACAUAUAUUUUAUUUUAUUUGUAAAUGUAUUUCUAUUUGUAUGUUGUUGUUGUUUUUUGUCUACAACUAUGUUUCCGCUUUAUUGUACAAUUAAAUAUUUAGUUUUCUGUUUAAAUUGAUUUUGUCACCUAAUUUCUCAUUUAAUGUUAAGAAUGCAAUGCCAAGUUAAUCAGAUUGCAGCUGGGGAAGAUUUGUCUCUUUUUUAAAGAAGUGGUACAGGGAUUUGGUUAUCAGAUGUUUUUUUAAUGAUUGUAAUUAUGUAAAUACUAAAUUACAAUGUUACAGAUUCCAGAAAUCUGCUUUGGAUUUCAUAUAAAUUAUUUUGGUCUUGCCCCAAAUGUGUUCUUGUUUGCAUGUGUCAAUGAAUUACACAAGACCGCAGGGUGUCCCAUAUGUUAUUUAUUUUAUUCAUAAAGGGUUUUUUUUGUAGCCACAGUGCACACCUUUGCAAAGCACUGGUGUGAACUGGUGUCACAGCAGCUUUCUUCUACCCAACAGUCUAUGCUGCAUUGCAUCACCUAAGUGUGGACUUCUCAGAAGAAUGAGAGCGACAUUUGGGACCGGGCCUUUAUUGUUUUAGUUGGGGUUUUUUUUUGUCUCUGCUCAGCAGGAGAUCUUGAAUCAUUGUAAACUCUAGAACUCAACCUAGUUAUGUCGAUACAUGAACUUGUCCUGGAAAAUUCCCAUGAUGCCACCGUGUUGUGCAAUUCAGGAUACUCUUUGUUAUCCAACAUGGAUCCGGUUUGAACUGGUCCAGAAGUUACUUUAAGUGUUGCACCCAAGCAGACUCAAACGUUGCAUGAGUUUUCAUAUGAGAAGAAAAGAAUAAAAGGACAGGAUGUACUGUAUGAAAUUAAAACCAUUACAAUCUUUGUGGUUUACUUUGGUCCGUCAAUCUUUUGUCUUAUGUUUCCCAAAUAACACCAAAUGUAAUGGACAUUGCAAAAGGUUUUUCUUAAUCCUGAAAGUUGUGCUUAAUUUCCAAUAAAUAGUAUUGUGUGCAAUUGUACCAAC